AUGGCUCCGUCAAUUGAAGUACAGGGGCUUUCAUACAAGUUCCCAGACGGCUCCAGCGGCCUGAAGGACAUAAAGCUCAGUUUACCUCCAGGAAGCAGAACUUUACUCAUUGGCGCAAAUGGCGCGGGCAAGACAACGCUGCUACGACUCUUGUCUGGCAAGCGACUAGCCCCGACAGACACCGUCGCCGUUGGCGGCGUCGAUCCUUUCAAAGAAGGUCUAGAAGGCGUCACCUAUCUAGGCGUUGAAUGGGUCUUGAACAGCAUUGUGCGAACAGACAUUGACGUGCCAACCUUGCUCGCUUCGGUUGGCGGAGACGCCUUUCCAGAGCGCCGCGACGAAUUGAUCGAUAUUCUCGACAUUGAUCUCAACUGGAGAAUGCAUGCUGUCUCGGAUGGCGAGCGCCGGCGUGUCCAGCUUGCUAUGGGCCUGCUGCGGCCAUGGCAGGUGUUGCUUCUCGAUGAAAUCACGGUGGAUCUGGACCUGUUGUCUCGCAGCAACUUCCUAGCGUUUUUGAAACAAGAAACAGAGACCAGAGCUUGCACUAUUGUCUAUGCGACCCACAUCCUAGACAAUCUUUCCCAGUGGCCGACACAUCUGGUGCACAUGCAUUUGGGCCAGGUCAAACAGGCCGGGUCGAUGGCAUCGUUUGAGCAGGAAGUCCCGCACCGGUCUGCCGAGAACAGUCUGCUUGGAGACCUCGUACUUCACUGGCUCAAACAAGACCUUCAGGCUCGUGGCCCCAGAGGUACAAAGUCUGGCCAGGGCAAGACUUACCCUACUGCCGAGGCUAUCGGAGGGUACGGUCUGGAGAAACCACCAAAGUGA